AUGGACUGCUGCUCCUACUCCCAAACCCUUUGUUUCCCUUCACCAAUCCUCGCCACUACUACUCUACUCUUCCUCACACUCUCCUCCAUCCUCAUCCUCCUCCAACGCCGCCGCCGCCGCGAAUCAAACACCUCCGCCGGCGCAUCCCCACCGCCUCCUCCAGGACCGACAAAGCUGCCCAUAAUCGGCAACCUCCACCAGCUCGCCGGCAGCUCCCUCCCGCACUACCGACUCCGCGACCUCUCCACCCAAUACGGCAGCGUAAUGGGCCUCCAGCUGGGCCAGGUCCCUUACGUGGUCAUCUCAUCCGCCGAAUCCGCAAAACAGGUCAUGAAGGCCCACGACGCGGUUUUGGCCCAGCGGCCCGCGAUCCUCUCCGCGGGGAUCAUCAGCUACGAUUUCUCCGGCAUCGGCUUCGCCCCUCACGGCGCCUACUGGCGCCAGAUGCGCAAGAUCAGCGUCCAGGAGCUGUUCAGCGCGAGGCGGGUCGGGUCGUUCCGGUCGGUCCGCGAGGAAGAGUCUGUUAACAAAGAUAGGAGUUCAACAGAGUCGGCCAAUGCGGUGGACCGGAUCCACGCCGCGGCCGGGCGGGUGCUCAAUUUCAGCAAGUUGGCCUGCUCCGUCACUAAUGGGAUCGUCGCCAGGGUCACUUUCGGGAAGAAAUACAGCGGCCAGGAGGAAUUCAUUCCCCUGAUUGAGGAGAUUACGAAGGUGGUGGGAGGGUUUAAUGUGGCGGAUCUUUUCCCUGCCCUCAAAUUCCUUCCGGCAGCCACUGGGAUGAGGAGGAAUCUAUUGAAGCUGAGAAAUGAAGCUAGUAGGCUGCUGGAGGCUAUCAUUGAUGACCAUAGAAGCUGCAGCGGCGGCGGCGGUGAUGAGGUGGAUGAUUUGGUCGAUGUUCUUCUGAAGCUUCAGGCUAAUGGCGAGCUCGACUUCCCUCUAACGGAUGACAACAUCAAGGCCGUCAUUAUGGACAUUUUCACGGCGGGGAGCGACACUUCGUCCACGACUAUGAACUGGGCAAUGUCAGAAAUGAUCAAGAAUCCAAGAACUCUUCGAGAAGCACAAGCAGAGGUAAGAAGAGUCUUCGGACCAAAGGGUGACGUGGAUGAGAGCUUGCUUCACGAGCUACACUAUUUGAAGUUGGUGACGAAGGAAGCGUUGAGGCUACAUACCCCUGCACCAUUACUGGUCCCAAGGGAGUCCAUGGAAGAUUGUGAGAUCGGUGGGUUUCAUGUGAAAGCAAAGAGCAAUGUGAUUGUGAACGCAUGGGCGAUAAGCAGAGACCCCAAGUACUGGAACGAUCCUGAGGAGUUCCGUCCAGAGAGAUUCAUUGACAGUUCAGUUGAUUUCAAGGGAUCAAAUUUUGAAUUCCUGCCCUUUGGUGCUGGGAGGAGGAUGUGUCCAGGGCUAGUGAUGGGGAUGGCGAAUGUUGACCUGCCAUUGGCCAAGUUUUUAUACCACUUUGACUGGAAACUAGCUGCUGGUAUGAAGUAUGAAGAUUUGGAUAUGGAUGAGUCGUUUGGGGGCACAAGUACCAGAAAAAAUAAUCUUAUGUUGAUUCCGAUUCCGUACCACCACGAUAAUCAUGCUCUUAAGUAG